AUGGCUGAACAAAAGGUAGACUACUCCCUGUAUCUCGUGACAGACUCUACAGAAGCCAUUCUGGGCUCAAGAGAUCUGGUUGAUGUAGUUGAGCAGGCAUUACUUGGAGGUGUAACGAUCGUCCAAUAUAGAGACAAAACCUCAGACACUGGCAUCCUCAUCUCUACAGCAAAAAAGCUCCACGAAAAAUGCAAAGCACACAAUAUCCCGCUUCUCAUCAACGACCGUGUGGAUGUUGCCCUCGCAGUAGGCUGUGAAGGUGUUCAUGUGGGUCAAGAUGACAUGAAUGUUCGCGAAGUACGCCGCCUUCUGGGAAAAGACAAAAUCAUCGGCGCAACAGUCUCGUCUAUCGAUGAAGCACGUAUAGCCGUCGAGCUGGGAGCAGACUACCUAGGAAUCGGCACACUGUAUGCCACAAACACCAAGAAGAACACCAAAGACAUCAUCGGGAUUACUGGGAUCAGAAAGAUACUGCGAUAUCUCGACCAGGGCAACGACGCUGAGAAGAACGUCAGGACAGUAUGCAUCGGCGGUGUCAACGCCUCGAACACCCAACGCGUUACACACCAACUUUUAGCCCCAACAACUGCCAACACCUGUCCUAAAACGAUCGAUGGCGUCGCGGUAGUAUCCGCGAUAAUAGGUGCUCAAGACCCUAGAGCUGCAUCCUCACACCUCGUCCACCUCCUCAAGACGCCUCCACCAUUCGCUCCUCAAUCCUCACUUCCAAAUUUCUACCACGAAAAGCCCGCCGAUGAAAUAACCGCUGUCCUCAAAACCGCCAUCUCCGUGACAAAGAAAGUCAAAGAAAUGAACCCUCUCUCCCACAACAUGACCAACCUUGUUGUCCAAAACUUCGCCGCAAACGUCGCUCUGUCCAUAGGUGCUAGCCCCAUCAUGAGCAACUAUAGCGCUGAAGCUGCGGAUUUGUCUAAACUAGGCGGCGCAUUAGUCGUAAAUAUGGGUACCGUGACCCCCGAAGGACUAGCAAACUACCAAGCAGCAAUCGCUGCUUACAAUGCCGCUGGUGGACCCAUUGUUCUUGACCCUGUAGGUGCAGGGGCAACGAGCAUACGAAGAGACGCUCUAGCCAAGCUAAUGGGUACUGGUUACUUCGACUUGAUCAAGGGAAACGAGAGUGAGAUCCUCGCUGUGGCGCGUGCCAGCGGGUAUCAGCUUGAUAACUCCAGUCAGCAGCGUGGUGUUGACUCUGGUGCUUCACUCUUCUCUGUAAAGCAAAGAGCGAGCGUUGUUUCGAGCCUUGCGGCUAGGGAGCGGUGCGUUGUUCUUAUGACCGGCGUUACUGAUGUUGUUUCGGAUGGUACAAGGACUUAUGCUGUGAGCAAUGGGCACGAGUAUCUGGGGAGGAUUACAGGGAGUGGAUGCACACUGGGUACAACGUUAUCUGCCUAUCUGGCAGCAUAUCGUGAAGAUAAGCUGCUUGCUGCUGUGGCAGGACUGUUGCACUACGAGAUCGCGGCGGAGACUGCGUCGCAGAGGGAAGAUGUUAAAGGUCCGGGGACAUUUGUUCCUGCUUUCAUAGACGAACUGUGGAAUCAUGGAGAGAAGAUGGUGAAGGGGGAUAUGGAGCUGAAAGACGUGGCUAAGGUGGAAUUCAUCAAGGACAUGGACGAUGCUGGAUUAUCGGAGGAUCUGUAG